UUACAGUUGACACUAUUGGGCUGAAGAUGGCGUUGCGUUUUCUGCCUCUCCUAUAUCUGGCGACGGGUCUUGUGGCAGCAUUUCAGGCACACCAAGAUUGUAUGGUCAAGAACAUGAUAGUGGAGACCAACAUCAUGUUCGACUCGCUGGACUUCUACAGCCUCGUCUACCCUGGGGAACACAACUUGACGGCAAGCAUCGUCUGCCAAAGCAAGUCUGAAUACGACCUCCUGACCUUCACUACUAAUAAUGUGACACUGAAGAGGUCACGAUCCGAUAACAAUAAUGUUUACCACAGUGUCCCUCCACAAGUCAGCGGAUGGACAAGGUUUCGUCUUGGCUUGUUAAAAAUGCUCACCGUACAUGAUGGCAAUGGUGUGGCAUGGCUUCCUGACGUGUCUCUCAACUGCACCGUUUCAGAAGUUACCAUCAAGAACGGUAAUCUCACCGGGCAAUGUUCCUCCAACAACCCCACAUGGCAGGUCAGAGGCAACCAGGCGGUGGACAUUCUUUUUGUCAAUCCUAUGGAUAACCUGAACUUUGGUGAGAAGAUUACAGAUUUAACGCUAUUCUCAAUGAAGAACUACAGGCCGUCGUUCAACGUGUGCGGUGCAGAGCUCAAGCUGGGUAUCAGGAAUGGGUCGCUAGCGAUGAGUACGGGAGCUCCCCCUGAACCAUUACCACCUGGCAGUCUCCGUCUCGCCCUCACCCUCCUCCACCAGAACGACCAGACCAUCCUCAAGGUUGAGAACGAGGGCAUGGAGUUGGUGUCAACCAAGCUGUCGUGUGACCCAAGACGCAUCAGAGUGCGAGGUAGCAUAUCUGACGGUAAAGCCGAUGUACUUCUGCUGGUACAACACCUUCAUCCAUAUUCAGUGGUUUCAACGGGUAAAGAUGACGACAGUUGCUGGUCAACAAGUGCGGUGGUGGGGAUAUUGGUAGCCUCCAUAAUCAUAAUUCUUCUGGUGAAUCUUCCAAUUCGCUUCAUCAUUUUCCCCAAGUGUGGUCAUCAACAUAUCACCAGACGCAAUCAACAAAUCAGCAGACGUCGCCCCACCCGAAGACUCGCACAGUCCUCACCUCCUGUGCCAUCCUACAUGGAGCCUACAAACAUUGUUAUCACACCUGAGAAGCCAGAACCAAAGACCCACUUAAUCGUCCUGCAUUCCUGCUCGGAUUCGUCCCACGGUGAGCCUAUUUAUGAGGAGGUCGGUGAGGUGAUGAACAUGAACAGUCUCUGUGAGUAUAUGGACACCAAUGCCGAGUCCUGUAUGGAGUCGGCUUCUUCCUCAGAUGAUAAUUAAAUAUGAAGAUUGUUUCCUAAGGUGUCAGGACCGUAUCCUGAGCAUGAGAAUGGGGGAGUUACAGUGUUGGACAAAAUACGCGAUAGACAUAUAUUCAUGAUUCUGAAGCUAAUGUACUGUUUUAAUCACAAUCAUUCAUUGACUCCAACCUCGUCACGGAGCUCACAGUUUAUAAAUCAAGAAUAUAAUCUAUAAACAUAUGACUUUUUUCUGGGACAACCAAAUUUUAGACCUCCCCCCCCCCUUUCCCCUGGUUACGGUCGUUAUUAUAAUACUUGCAUAAGAACUACAGAACCUUUUACAGAGAAAGAACAAAGAGGUUUUACAAAAGAAGUGGGUGUAUUGAUAUAACAUUUGGGCAAGAAAACAACAGAAAGGAGUAUUUGUUCUAUUUCUUGACUAAUAUUGUCAACAGAGACAGAUUAAGAAUGAUUUGGGCCCCUUCGCUACUCGUGUUGAUAUCUGCAGUAAAAUAACAUUGGCGGGUUAACCGAUAAGACCAAAGUGUGCAGAAAGAUCUCUGCGAGCUUCAAGACGAAGAAAUGGCUGGCAAGAUUCAAUUUAACACGAAGUGUAAGAGGCUGCACCUGGGACGAACCAACGGUAAAGAAGCGUAUCAUAUGUCCCAAUGGGAGGAAGAAACUGCAUUAAUAAAGACAAUGCGAAAAGGACCUAGGUGUGUUGUUGACAAUGAAGUGAAUUUCACGGGUCAUUGUGAGAAGAUGAACCAAGAAAUUAAAUUAUUAGGUCUUAUAACAACGUCGUUAGAUAUCGAGGCCGUCCCUCGUAACGAACUUCAUGAGUGAGGUGCUUCCCCACCUGGAGUACUGUUACCCCGUCUGGUCC